AUGUCGUCCAAUCCGCAGGCGUACAUCGAUCUCCAGACCCGCAUUUUGAGGGUGAAAACCAUCUUCGCCGAGGAGCUCGCCAAUGCAUUGAGCCUGAUCCCGGUGGAGUGCCCCAUACUCGCCUGCGUCGGCGAUGGCACACAGGACAACCUCUCGGGCGUGGAGAAGGCGGUGCAGGUGCACGUGAGAGAGAUUCCGGAGGCGAAGUACGAGGUCGUGCACUCGCUCGCCAAGUGGAAGCGCAUGACCCUCGGCAAUCACAAGUUCCCCGUUGGCAGGGGCAUCCUUACCAACAUGCGCGCCCUGCGUGUUGAGGACACCCUGGACAACAUCCACUCCGUCUACGUCGACCAAUGGGACUGGGAGCGCGUGAUGGCGCCGUCGGACCGCUGCCUCGAGUACCUGCAGGCCACCGUUCGCUCUCUCUACGAGGCGCUGCGCGAGACGGAGAGGCGCGUGUGCACCGAGUUCCCAGACAUUACCCCGAUUCUGCCGGAGUCGGUCAAGUUCGUGCACACCGAGCAGCUGCUGAAGCGCUACCCGGAGCUGGACUCCAAGUCACGCGAGCGUGAAGUUGUCAAGGAGUUCGGGGCGGUUUUCCUGAUCGGCAUCGGGUGCAAGCUGAGUGAUGGCGACCACCACGACGUGCGCGCUCCGGACUACGAUGACUGGUCGUCGCCGGUGUCCGUCGACUCCUCCAAGAUCGGCUUCCCGGCUGCCGACGGCGAGAAGCCCUCGGUUAAUACCACAAUAUCCUUGCAGGGCCUGAACGGCGACAUUCUGGUGUACAACCCGGUUCUCGAUGAUGUGCUCGAGCUGAGCAGCAUGGGCAUCCGUGUUGACCAAGAGGCGCUGCGCCGCCAGCUGGAGAUCACCGGCACCAGCGACCGCCUCCAGCACAAAUGGCACCAGUGCCUCCUGAACGGAGACCUGCCUCAAACCAUCGGCGGCGGUAUCGGCCAGAGUCGCACAGUAAUGUUCAUGCUCCGCAAGAGGCACAUCGGCGAGGUGCAGUGCAGCGUGUGGCCCCACGAGAUCACAGCACAGUACUCCUUGCUGUGA